GAUGCACUCACUCGACGCACAAGCCGCAACCAAGCCGGUCCACUUAAUUCCUAACGAUCUGCUAAUUUUAGUUCGCGAAAAUGCGAAAGUAUCUCGGUCUGCUGCUCUCAGUGAGCUGUGUUCUGAUCGCCCACGGAGGCGUCAUGGAGAUUGAAGUGCCCCAGGAAGUCACUGAAGGUCCUAAGGAUGUUUCGCCAAACUCAGUGGAAACAAGCCCGCCAAAGGACAGUGUCAGCAACUCAACUCUGAAGCUGGUUCACGUGCUCUUUCGUCAUGGACCUCGAACUCCCGUCAGCACUUAUCCCAACGAUCCGUAUAUCAACGAAACCUACGAGCCCUUCGGUUGGGGGGCACUCACCAACGGUGCUAAAGUGGAGCUGUAUAAAAUAGGCAAGCAGCUGCGGCAGCGCUAUAAAGAUUUCCUCCCAGCGUAUUAUCAGCCUGAUGUGAUCCGUGCCCAAUCAUCGGAGUCGCCGCGCACCUUGAUGUCCAUGCAAAUGGUGCUCGCCGGACUCUUUCCCCCGGAGAACACUCCCAUGGAGUGGAACCAGCUGCUCAACUGGCAGCCCAUUCCCAUUGUGAUGGAACCGGAGGCCACUGACGUGCGCAUUAGGAUGAAGGCGCCCUGUCCCCGAUACGAUGAGGCGGUUCUGGAGGUGAUAGACCUUCCUGAGGUUAAAAAGCUGCAUGCCGAGAACUCCGAUUUGCUACAGGAACUGACCAGUCGCACCGGACUCAAUAUUACCCACGCCCACGAUGUCACCAAUGUAUUCAUCACACUGCUCUGCGAACAGACUUUCGGCUUACAGCUGCCCUCGUGGACCAAGGACUACUUUCCGGAGAAGAUGCUACCCCUGGCCGAAAAGUCCUACGUCUACGAUGCCUACACGACCGAGAUGCGCAAGAUGAAAGGGGGUUUCUUCGUAGAGCUGCUGUUGAAGCAAAUGCAUGACAGGAUCUCCGGAGAAUUGCAGCCUGCCAAUCGCAAGAUGUUCCUUUCCUGCGGUCACGAUUGGACCAUCACAAAUGUGCUCUCCGCCUUGAAUGUUUGGCAGGCUCAGAUGCCCCGCUUCUCGGCCCUUAUUGCCUUCGAGCUGCACCAAAACUCGCAGACCGGGGAGUAUUUCCUGGAAAUCUUCUUCCAAAAUGAUCCCAACGAAGAGCCUCAGCAGCUGCAGAUUCCGGGCUGCGAAAAACAGUGCCCCAUUGACAAGUUAAUCGAACUAACCAAGGACAUCAUUCCCGAUGCGCCCUAUGCAGAGCUGUGCAAGGCUAAGGGAACUCAAGGGGGAGCUAAGAUAAGCUAUCACUAGAAUGCGAAUUGAUAAUAAUUAAUGAUCCAGUGUGCAGUAUUAAUGUUACUAACUUAAUAAAUAUAUUUAAUUGUGUAA